ACACACACACACACACACACACACACGGCACUGGCCUUGGCCAUGAAGAAACACCAAUGAAGAAGAAACUAGAUCCUUGUUUGCAAUCGCUGAACAACAGGAUACUCAUAAGGAGUUUCUUUUUCUUUUGGGGGGAGCUCACCCCCCACCUCUCCUGCCCCAUUCCCAGUUCUUUGAAGUAUCAGCAUCACCAUUCUCUUCUCUGAGUAAAGAGCCUAAUUUCAGGCUGGCCCUUCCCCAGGAUUAAUAUGGUCACCACAGGUUUUGAAGUUUUGAAAAGGGUAUGUGGUCCAAUAAAGGUGUGUCUCUGUGGGGGAGGGGAGGGUUGUUCAAGUUCUGGAGACUCCAAAAGUGCAGAGCAGGAGGCUUUGUUCUCCCCAUGCCAGGCUGCCUGUGCCUGUGAUGACUAGGGCUGCACAUCAGAAAAGCCCCACCCAGGCACUUGUUCUGAGCUGGCUUCCGUUCUCAAGACUGACAGUGAAGAUGAAAUCUUUCAUCAUUUAAUAAACCACUUAAAGGCCCAGUAGCCCUUUUCCUGGUUCCCCAGCAGAGAGGGUGGUGUCCCCUCUCCUGAUGUCAACAACUCCCGCCCUCAGCCUCUUUGCCUUUCUCUGAUGGAGUUGGGUGCUGGCUGACUGGUUAAUACUAUGAACUAAUGAAUAAAGGAAGGAAUGUCUCUGCUCUAGCACACUCUUUCCUUUUUCCGUUAUCCUCUGCAAGAACUUACCUCUCUGCAUCUGGUUUUUUCUUUCUGCAAAAGGGGGCCAUUUAAUUCCAGUGUCACUUUUUUUCCUCUCAUGGACAGCAUGGGAAUAGAGCUAUUAAUAUAUAUGAAAUAACCAUUUAAAAUAAUGCACUGAAUACCAUGUUUUAGCAGCCGCCACCACAGAGACAUCCCCGCCAUCACAGCACCUGAGCCAGUGCCACCACCCUUGCUCCCUCAGCUCUUCUCCUUUUGUGCUCCCCCCAUGGCUAAUCAGCUGACCGAACAGAUUGCUGAGUUCAAGGAAGCUUUCUCCCCAUUCGAUAAAGAUGGCGGUGGCACCAUCACAACAAGGGAACUCGGAACUGUCAGGAGAUCACUGGGUCAGAACCCAGUAAAAGCCAAAUUACAAGAUAUGAUCAACGAAGUGGAGGCUGGUGGUAAUGCCACCAUUGGCUUCCCAGAAUUUUUGCCCAUGAUGGCUAGAAAAAUGAAAGACACAGACAGUGAAGAAAAAAUCCACAAGGCAUUCCAAGUCUUUGACAAGGAUGGCGAUGGUUGCAUCAGUGUGGCAGAACUACAUCACAUCAAGACAAACUUAGGAGGAAAACUAAUAGAUGAAGUAGAUGGAAUUACCAGAGAAGCAGUUAUUGAUGGAGACAGACAACUCAACUAUGAAAAGUCAUACAGAUGGCAACUGCAAAAUGAAGACCUACCAUCAAAUCCUUUUUCUCCUCUCUAAAGAAUCAAAGUGAAUCUUUUACUUACCUAUUGCAAAAAAAAAAUUAUUAUUCAUUCUGUUUUUGUAUAGCAAAACUGAAUGUCAAAAAUACCUGCUGUCCACACAUACACAAAAUAUGCAUGUAUUGGUUGGUGAUCCUGCCCCUUAAAGAUCAAGCUACUCAUUAGUUUUACGAUAUAAAUACUUGUACUACCUUAAAAAAUUAUAUCAUUCUGAAAAUGAAAUCUGAGAACUGAAGCCCUGCUUUAUAGGAGAUGAAAGCAUCAAAAAACAAAGCCAAGUCAAAACAAAACAAAACACACCUUACAUGGGGAAAUUUCUGUGCACUGGUUGGGGUUCAUGGGAAGACUUGCUACGUUUCCUACGUCACACACACACACCACUGCUGUACUUACUCCCAGGAAGGCAAUCAUAGAUGUCUACUACCUUUCUAGACAGGUAGUGCCCACAGAAGAACAGGCCUUUCAAUAAGAAAUUUACAAAAGCUGCCAAAGUACAGGAGCAGGUGGGCUGGGGAACUUUAGCAAAACUCAUCUCCAACUGCUAGUAAACUACACGGUCAAACUCAAGAUAUAUAACAAGUUCUGGGGUUUGAGGUUGGGUUUUGAUGUAUAAAGACAGUAUUUUGAGGGAAACAGGCUGAAGUUUGACAUAGGUGGUUCAUUUAAAGAAGCACAAAACCACUUUAUCCUCAUUUAUAUUAAGAACUUUUUUUUUUCAAACAGUUUGGAAAUACAGUAUCUGUUGAGGAGCAGCCAAGCCAGCGGUUAAAAGCACAGCCUUUGGAGCCAGACUCUCUGGGUUCAGAUACCGGUUUGACUACUUCUAACUAGCUGUGUAAUCUGGGGCAAGUUAAUUAGCCUCUUGUGUGCCUCAAUUUUCCCAUCUGUAAA